AUGGAUCAUUUAAUUAAUUUUACGACCCCUACUAUAGCAAAAAGAAAAGAACACUCGUCCAGCCCUGUGAUGAGAAUCCGCACAAAAAUGCAAAUAAGAGCUGAACACUCCUUGAAACACCAAACACAAAUACCAAACGCACAACCACAAAAUAAAGAAAUUUUUGAAAAAUUUAAAAAGCUUUUACAAGAUAUUGCAAGCGGAGGUGCUUAUAAACCCUGCGGUAGAAGAUCACUGAAUACUCUGAAAAAUCAAAGCGCAAGCAAUUCACCAUCCAGAAAUUCUGUGAGAAAUCGUUUGCUACACACAUUAGGGCCUGAUGAUAGCGACACAGAAAAUACUCUUUAUGUGAAAAGGAAAACCAAGCAGAGAUAUAUAAAAACGAAUGAACUGUACAGGCAUAGCACAAUAUCUAAUAUUAAAGGAAGCAAAAGAGAGUUUAACGACCCUUAUAAUAUGAGUCAAAAAUUAAUAAAAACUUCUCAAUGCAAAUUGCUUCCAAAAAAUCAAAAUACGACUAUAACAGAAUCUUUAAUGCAGAAUUCUUUAUCAGCAAGACACAAUAUAAGACUAUGCAAAGAGUUUUCAAGUAAAACACCAAGAUCAAGCACUUUAUACAAAAAUUUAUCUAACUCGCCUAUCUUUGAUUGAACCGAUUGUCAUUGAUCUAAGGUGGUGGGAAUGGGCUGGCUAUAUAAAAAAAUGCUGAUUAAGGAUGGGGGAGUAAGGAAAGAUCAAUCAAUAAAGAAACCCCAAGAAUUUUUUAUCAGCCUGCAACGAAAAAAAUGAGAGUUAAGGUUUCUAACUCUCUACCUCUGAGAAAAAGGAAGAAAUUCAAAUCUCAAUUUUGGAAGAAUCAUAUAAUAAGGAUUAUUUUUUCUCAUGCCAUUACCUAUUAUUUAAAUAAAUAGCUAUUAGCGUUUCUACUUUAGCUAAUACUUUUUAAGAAACUCGCAUCCAAAAAUAUUAACUUUAGUAGUAAAAAUUCUUGCUUCCUCCGUGAGCGAACAAAAUCAUUUGAAAAAUCCCUAUAAACCCAAAAAAUGUUUUUGAAAAAUCAUUUUACUAUAAGAAGUGGAUUAAGAAGAAUUUGAGAUCUAUAUCAAACGAUUUAUCUGGUUGGAAAGUUGAGCUAUAA